GGACCGGGCGACCUCCAAUGCGCCUGCGCGCUUUUGAAUACUGUUCCUGCCUGUCCUUCUCCCCCUUCCCGUUUUCUUGCCCUUAAGAAAGCUGGUGCCCCCGGGAACUAAAAAAGAGCGGCGGCGGGCUGGGAUGACGUUUUAAGAGUGCGCCGCCGCAGCAGAAGAGCGCGGGGGCACCGUUUGAGUCGAGUGGAGAACUUCUGAAGUGGACUGGAUUCCUUGACAUAGAUGUCUGGGAGCUAAUAUCUUUCUGAAUAUGUCAAAACUGACUGCAUAGCUAUUCAUUAGGAUGCUUUAGGGAAAGAUACUUCCUCAAGGCUGAUGGUGUGAAACUGCUUUUCUGGACUGCACUUGUGAAAAUACUUAUCACCUGACCAGAUACGUAACUUCUGCCAUGGAUCAAAACAACAGCUUGCCACCCUAUGCCCAGGGUUUAGCAUCUCCUCAGGGUGCAAUGACUCCGGGAAUUCCUAUUUUCAGUCCCAUGAUGCCUUAUGGCACAGGGCUCACCCCACAGCCUGUUCAAAGCACCAAUAGUCUUUCUAUCCUGGAAGAGCAGCAGAGGCAGCAGCAGCAGCAGCAGGUGGCAGCACAGCAGUCUACAUCCCAGCCAACUCAGGGAACAUCUGGUCAAACACCGCAGCUCUUCCACUCUCAGACGCUUACUACUGCUCCCUUGCCAGGAACUACACCUCUCUACCCUUCUCCAAUGACACCCAUGACCCCAAUAACCCCUGCAACACCUGCUUCUGAAAGCUCUGGGAUUGUACCACAGCUUCAGAAUAUUGUAUCUACAGUAAAUCUUGGCUGCAAACUGGAUCUGAAAACUAUUGCUCUUCGUGCUCGAAAUGCUGAAUACAACCCUAAGCGUUUUGCUGCUGUGAUUAUGAGAAUAAGAGAGCCACGUACCACUGCGCUUAUAUUCAGCUCUGGAAAAAUGGUGUGUACAGGAGCUAAAAGUGAGGAGCAGUCAAGGUUGGCUGCCAGAAAGUAUGCCAGAGUCGUACAGAAAUUGGGCUUUCCAGCCAAAUUCUUGGAUUUUAAGAUUCAGAAUAUGGUGGGCAGUUGUGAUGUAAAAUUCCCUAUCAGGCUCGAGGGGUUAGUACUUACACACCAACAGUUUAGCAGUUACGAACCAGAGCUUUUUCCUGGUUUAAUUUACAGAAUGAUCAAACCAAGAAUCGUCCUCCUUAUAUUUGUUUCUGGGAAAGUAGUUUUAACAGGUGCAAAAGUCCGAGCUGAAAUUUAUGAAGCAUUUGAAAAUAUAUACCCUAUUUUAAAAGGAUUCAGAAAGACAACGUAGCAGUUCUCACUGCUUACCAAAGAAGUUGGCAUAUUUUAAAAGGUAUUGAUUAUGGCACAGCAGUAAAAGGUGAAAGACUUACAGACUGCAACAGUCCGGACUUGGAGUAUUUUCCCAGUUAGUGCCUAUUCCCUGAUCUUCAUGGGAAGGGAAGAUUUCUUUGUGUAUUAUGUCUGUACUGAGGUACUGUGAGUUGCUUUAUUGGGGCUCUCUUUGGUGAAACAAUUGAGUUUUAUUUAUACUUUAGUUUUUUUAAAGUUUUAAUGUCUAAGCUUUUUAUUUGGAAAUCUCAUGUUGGUAAGUUUAAGAGACUAAACCAUGUUAAAGAAUGCUCAAGACUUCGGUUACAGUAUUAAGAUCUUUCAGCCAUUGAUUUUAGUCAAAUUUUAAUUCAACAUUUCUUAGACCUACUUUGUGCCAGACACACACAUUCCCUAUUUCCAGUGUUCAGCAGGACAGAAUAAAUUUGCUAAUAAAACAGAUGACUGUAUAUAUUCCUUUAAGAAACAUUUUUUGAGUUUUAAAUGUGUAAGAAAUGCUGUUUAUAAACAUGGGGAUUUGAUUGGCCUAUGCUGCUGUUUAAUGUACUAAAUGCAUGCUUGUAGAAUGCUUAAAUGUAUUGAAAUGUUUUUAUAAGAUUUUUCUUAACAACCCAGUAUUAAAACAAUGUGUUUGCCA